UUCCGCUCCAGCAUUAACCACAUUCCACAGGGCGCAGCGCACCCCGUAUACAUCCUCGCAUUCUUUCUCCGCAAACGAGUUCCCAUGCGCAAAUGCGUAUUUAAUUGCACUCUGAAGCCUCAUGUACAGCUUAAACUUGCAUGGGAGUAGUAUAUAGAUGUAAGUGAAUUAUACAAGCCGCGAAAGAUUAUCCGAAACUCAAUUUUAGGAAAUAUAAAGAAAAAAGGAGCACAGGGAAAUUCCUCCGCCGCAGCGCGCCAUUGACUGUAAAGACCUUUCAACUUAACAAAAACUCAAGUUGACAAACGCAUCCUGUGGCUGAAACCGGGAGAAAGAGUUUAUUUUUUUGCGGGGGAGAGGGGGAAAGAGGACCAUGCCACACGUUGAGAUCUCCGAGGAGCACCACACCGGCGGUGUGACCGACGAGCGACGGCUGUGACCCGGCUGCACCGCGGUGUUUGGAUCUCCAUGUGAGACGCGAGCAGGACUGGCUCUCUGGUAGUCGGACCCCGGACCCUAACCCUACCACCAUGGAGCACUACGAGAACGAUCGGGGACUCCGAGCCGCUCAACUGAUGGAUAACCUCUCCUUAUACGAAGCUUAUAAUAAGGAAGGGAUGUACAACGCGAGGAGAGACUUGGUGAUCAACCCGGAUUUGGAUUUCUCGGCUCCGGCGGUCGCGGAACAUAAAAGUAAGCCGAUGAAUGGCACCUCUGUGCCGCUGCACCAGCAGCAUCACACCGUGGAGAAUUACACGUCCGCCAACAAAGUGUACUGCGCGGCUUCCGCGCGUCCCGUCAACGGGAACAACCGACCGGUGCCGGUGGAUUUCUGCGCACCUCAGAGGGAAGCGGUCUACAACGAGGAUAGCUGUUGCACCAAAUCCGAAGUGGCUCUGCCGUGUUACAGCGGCGUCUCGGAGAGGCCCAGGCGAUACUCUUUGGAGGUGCAGGGGCACAGGUACAGCACGGGGAGCAGCGCCUUUGACGGCGUGACUUUGAACAACAAACCCGCCGCCCUACCCGGCAACAGGUGCAACAGCGUCUGCAUCACCACCAGCAGCGCCGGUCACGACGGGCGAUUCAACGCCACCAGCCCGCGGUCCAGCUACGCUUCCUCCCUCUCCUCGCAGGAGCAGAGCAAGCACGCCAGCCCCAGGUCAAGCAUCAGCAGCCCCCGCACGAGUUUGGUGGUCCCCGGGCUGCAGGACAAGUACACCAGUCCCCGGUCCAGCCUGGUCCACUGCGACGGGAGCAAUGUCCUCAGUCCCCGGUCCAGCUAUGCAAGCACAGCCAGCGACACCAGCAAGCACUCCAGUCCCCGGGCCAGCCUCAACAGCUAUGACUGCUGUAGUAAGCCGAGUAGUAACCGCACGAGUGGGAUAAGCAUGGGGUACGACCAGAGACACGCCAGCCCCCGGUCGAGCACGGCAAGUCAGUACUCCUUCACUACCAGCCCCAGAUCCAGCUACUCUGACUCUCGGUAUGGGCCCAUCCUCGGCAACCACGACCUCGAGGGGGUGCUUUUGCACGGGCUGUCCGUGGCCAGUCCCCGCUCGAGCAUCUGCAGCCAGGAGGGCGGCAGUGCACGGCCCGGGACGGCGGCGAACUGCGUGGUCAGCCCGCGGUCCAGCAUCUCGAGUCACAGCUCCAGAAGUUCCCGCAGCUCCAGGGGGUCUAUGAGCACCUACCCGGAGCUCCAGCUGCCCUCGCCGCGGUCCUCCAUGCUCUCCUCCAGCCUGCACGAGGACACGCUGCUGCAGGAGUUUGGAGACUCGCGGGGAGACGGGACUAAUGGGAUUCAAACUCGCAUACAUCUCCAGGCGCUCUCGGCGAUGCCCGAGUCGCAACAACAGCAGCAGCAGCAGUCGGCCCAGACGGGGGGGAGUGCAGACUUGACCGCGGGGUCUCCAUCGUCAUUUACAUUUGGGUUGUCGUCGAAAACACCUGCCUCUGGGCAAAGGUUUAAACUGCCCUACCAGGUAACCCCGUGCCGGGAGAGCGGCCCGAGCCAGGCGGAGAAGAGGCUGGAGGCGCUCACCUUGGAGCUGGAGAAGGAAUUGGAGAUGCACAUGAAAAAAGAAUACUUUGGCAUAUGUAUCAAAUGCGGAAAAGGAGUAUAUGGAGCCAGCCAGGCAUGCCAAGCGAUGGGAAACCUUUACCACACAAACUGCUUCACCUGCUGUUCCUGUGGGCGGAGGCUGAGAGGGAAGGCCUUCUACAACGUCAACGGGAAGGUCUACUGUGAGGAAGACUUCCUGUACUCUGGAUUCCAGCAAACGGCGGAGAAGUGCUUUGUGUGCGGUCACCUUAUCAUGGAGAUGAUUCUUCAGGCUCUGGGUAAGUCGUACCACCCGGGCUGUUUCCGCUGUGUGGUGUGUAAGGAGGGGCUGGAUGGGGUUCCCUUCACCGUCGACGUGGAGAACAACAUCUACUGUGUCAAGGACUACCACACGGUGUUCGCCCCGAAAUGUGCCUCUUGCAAUCAGCCCAUCCUCCCUGCUCAGGGCUCUGAGGAAACCAUCAGAGUGGUGUCCAUGGACAGAGACUACCAUGUAGCGUGCUACCACUGUGAGGACUGCGGCCUGCAGCUCAACGACGAGGAGGGCCACCGCUGCUACCCCCUGGAGGGCCACCUGCUGUGCCACGCCUGCCACAUCCACAGGCUGCAGACGGGGUCGGGGGGCCCCGGCCACGGCCCCCACGGCUACCCGCUGCACGUCACCGAGCUGUGAGGGCCGCCACCCGGACCACCGCCCGGACGGACCCCCGCCCGGACGGACCACCGGGACAGACGACGUGGGCUGACCCCGACCCCCCCCCCCCCCCCUCCCACCAAGACGGACCAAGACUAGCAGGCAUCGAGCCAAGAGACCCUCACAAACACAGUCGCAGACACACACACACACAAACACAUGACGAUGAAAACAUGCACAUACGAACACACACAUGCACACACGAACACGCACAAGGCCUUGGUAGUACUAAGACGCUCGGGGGGGGAAAGUCCUUAUUUCCCUUUGAUGCUUCGAUGUCCAGAGGGCAGUGCGGCGCUACUCAUCCCUGGGGGGGGGGGGGGGGGGGGGGGGGUUAUAGUGGGGGAGAGGGGGGGGUUGGUCUAGAGAGCCCAGGACAGUGGACAGCUGGAGACCCCCCGGCCCACACAACGCUGGGAAAAAGGGUCCGACAACACCCACUCUAUCUGCGGUUCACAUAUCCCCUCCUCCCUCUCUGAUCUGAUCACCCCCCCCCCCCUUCCCCGGGCUCCCCCCAGAGGCCCCGGGUGACGUCACACCCCCUGGCCCCUCGCACGUUUAUCACGCGGAGGUCGUAAAAGGGAAGAAGAAGAGGACGACGACGAGGAAGACGACCACUUCCUUCAGUUCUCUCUCUCGCCUCUAAAGCAUUCCUUCAGUGGUCUUAAUUCCUCUGCGUUGGGACCAAAGUGGGGGGGGGGGGGGGGGGGGAGACAUGAGUGUCCCAGGUCCUUUCUAGGAGGGGGGGUUGAUUCCAGGACAGAUGGACAUCCCCCCUCCCCACUAGCCUGUUCCCCACCCCGUCCCCAAAGGGUGGGCUUGGCGUUUGCUCUGCUAUGCAAGGUCUAUGAAGGGGCAUCCAAGCAUGACACGUGACUCAGACAAACACUGGUAAAACUGACACACACACACACACACACACACACACACACACACACACACACACACACACACACACACACACACACACACACACACACACACACACACACACACACACACACACACACACACACACACACACACACACAGGUGCCAUCACUGGACCAGAGGAGCCUGUUUCGUUCCAGCGGGCUGAACCAUGUGACCAUGAGAGAUUCACAAAGCGUGUCUUAAUGAAUGACUUCAUUCUGUGAGGAAGGUAAUACCUUAGAUGCACAUAGAUUGUCUUUUUUUUAUAUAUGAAUAUAUAUUUUGCAGAUGUUUUCCACAUAAACCCCCCCUAGGAGUCGUUGUCUUGUCCCUCCUCUUGCGCUGCGAUUCUCAGUAGAGACCGAGGCGAAGCCCCGGCCACUCGCAGUGUGUAGUGUUGUGUGUACACACGAAGGAGCGUUUGUGCGUUUGUUUUGAUGGAACACACUGCUGUGUGUGUGUAAGGCAGUUGAUGUAACACAUUACAUCAGGACACAGUUUAUGUAAUCCACUGUCAUACGGUUUAUUUUUAUUUUACAAACUGUGUGAAACGUUAAACAUUGUUGUAGUGUAUGCAUAACACUGGUUAUAAGACACUGUCACACUGUAUAUAGCACUAUAACAUACACUUUAUAUUUAAAUAUAGUGGAUGUUAUAGUGCUGUAUAGUACAUAUACACACACAUAUAUUUUAAUUCAUGCAUGCAUGCGUACAUACAUGUAUAUAUGUAUAUAUAUGGAUGUAUGUGUAUACAUGCAUCCAUAUACAUGUAUAUGUAUAUGUGUGUGUAUGUGAUUUUAUAUAUGCAUUUGUGAGUAUGUGUCUCUCUGUGAAUCUUAACCAAACACGAUUAAACGCUUUCCUGGGUGUUUGAUAUGGAAGCAAAGCACGUUGCCAUGGAUACAACCAACCUAGCUGGCAUGGAGAGCGUUGCUCUUUUAGCUAAUUGAAUCGGUAGUUGAGUAAAAGACACAAAACACCGGUUCUGAUAGCCCACACCUCUACAAAACACCACCCCUAACCCGAAGGUGGUGUUCUGGGAAGGUGGUGUGGCAGCGAGCAUGGGCCCGUCCUGGUGUGAGUGUUUUUGGGCGUGUUUGGUUAAGAGGGACAGUGGCCCUGGGUGGGACUGGGAGACACACGCUGCUGGUGUGCCGUGCGCGGCCCCUGGUUCACUGGUCUCCGUCGCUUCACUCCUCCUCGGACCGCUCCGACUGACUGGUUCACACUGAACCGAUCCCCUGACUCUCCGUCACGUCUCCCCUCAAAGUGCGCCAGCAUCACUGCUGCUGACGUUCCCUCCCUGGGGACCCCGGUAAGGGGGGUCCCAGAGCGAGGGACAGACCCUCUGACACGGGGACUGGAGGGUCUUCCGGGCUCCGCUCGGUCCGGUUCAAACCGGCUACCCUUAGUGAGGUCCUCAGCUUCUUGAGAGGGACUGGAUGAUGGGUUGGGGGACCUGGUCUCUAUAGCAGCACUUAAAGUACACGGAAAGCCUCUGGUGUGUGUGUGUGUGUGUGUGUGUGUGUGUGUGUGUGUGUGUGUGUGUGUGUGUGUGUGUGUGUGUGUGUGUGUGUGUGUGUGUCAGGUGGAGAUUCCUGGAAACGCAGAGUUGCUGGUCCCACCCGUGUCUCUUGGGAGUCUUCCUCGUUAAUUGCGGUCUUCUCCUUUGUGUGUGUGUGUAAAAGUGCAUGUGUAUGAGUAUGUAUAAAUGAAGUUCAUGAAUGUGAUUAUUGCUUGCUUGUGUAUGGCUCUACAUGCAUGCCACUGUUUGUACGUGUGUGCGGGUGUCUGUGUGUUGUGUGUGUGUGUGCGCCAGUGGCAGGGCCAUUGAGAGCCACGCAGCGUCCAGCAACAUGAAGGCUUUCUCGUCACGCUCUCUCACUGUUUUCAGCCUAAUCAACACGUUGCAUUCCCACCAACUCGUUUGUGUAACAUAACAUCACGUUCAUCCCUGCGUAAAUCACAAGUCUUUGCCCUCUCUGAGAAUCUGAGUUCCUCAUAUAGACAUUUCAGAAGCUGGCCCGGCUUCGACAUUCUUGACUGUCAUUGUUACAAAAGAGAACACAAUUAAAAUGAAACCGCAGACAGCACUCUCUCUGCCAAAACACACGCGAUGGCGAAUCCUACUUCCUUAUUGGCUCAAAUUGAUGCCAUGUGAUAACCCACCUGUAGCGCCGAUCACCUGUGUUUACCAGAGAGGGUGCUGUUUCUGUUUGCUGUUGUUGGGUGACUAUUUACAGUUCCAUGGUACCCAAUGUGUGACACACCCUGUACCCGCUUCUAGGAUGCCUAGAGAUGUCUCUGUAGGCCCCACUGGACCAAAGCAGGCUUCCUGAUACACAUAGUUCACCAAGUACUACUGAGGAUGUUGUUUUGAGAACGAGGCUGAGCGAGAGAGAGAGGGAGCGAGAGAGCGAGAGAGAGAGAGUCCAACCACAGAAGUCUCGCUGGACUGAAACGUUUUGAAUGUAAAGAGAAUUAUUGUAUGGUGACUCAAUGUGGUUCUGCUCUGUUCCUGGAUUCAGAUCAAGCAUUUAAUUUUAAUGAGGAAACUUAAAAAAAAAAUCUGGAUCUUUCCUUUGCUGGGUCUCAGUGCAGCGAUGUGUGUUACCAUGAACUGGGCCAACUGAAUCUUUCUUAAUACGUGUCCUAUAUGUCUUCUGCAUCGCAUCGUGAUUCCAACUUCAAAUUUUUUACUUUUGUUUCAGAAGAAGAAAAAUAAUGUGUUGUUUCCCCGAAUUUUGUAUCUUUUAAAGAUCUCUUAAUUUCCCCCUUUGAAAAAAGUACUAUAUUAUGUCUGUAUUCCAUAGCCCCCGGCUAGUUUCCUUGUACAUACAGAGCUAGGAUUUGUUUUGUAUUGUCCUCUGUAACAGUGUGUUCAUCUGUUGGAGAGGCCUUGUAUCAGUAGUUUCAUUAAGCACAUCUUUACUGUCUUUUGCAUCGUUCCAUGUUUUGAUUACCUAGAUGGUUCAUGAAAAAGGAAAGUAGAUCUAUUUAUCUAAACCUGAAAAAAGUCUAAAGUUAUUUAAUGUAUUAAAAUUUGGGAAGUAUCAUUUAACUGUAGAUGAUAUAAUCUGCUUUUUAAAUAAAGUGGUUUUGUAGCUAACUUCAA